CGACACUGGAUUCAGCUCAGUUUUUGAAUUUGUAAACAUCAGAGAUCUAUCCCAGAUUCAGAAAUGUCUACAACAAGAAAAAUUCGAAAUGGUGUAAGAAAGCGCCCAUAUGACUCUGACGUUUAACGCGCAAUGUUUGUGCCUCGUGCGCAUGUCCACCUCAGUAAUCCUGAUUCUAAGAGAUUAUGGUUUUCCCGUCGACCAUCAAGACGAAACGUAAUACAACGAAAAUUGAAAUGGUACGAAUGUGUGCGCAUGCCCUGUUUGAUGCCUACCCUUGUGGGAACAGCGAUAGGAGUUCUGAUUUUAAUCAGUGGGACUCUCAUGAGUUUUAUUGGAUAUAACCCCAGAGCGUUUCUAGGGAUACCUGAGGAGGACCACACCAAUCGCUUCAGAAGUAACGUGACUGACACAACCGCCGUGUCUGUUGAGGGGUUAAAGGUCUUAGCGUACGUAGGCCCAGUGUUUAUGGGUGUGGGGUUCUUUGUCAUGAUUAUCGCCGUUGUAUUGUAUUGUGAAAUCAAAGAAAAGUACGUGUGUAACAUUCUACCUCAGCAGAACGUCAAUGUCAAACAGGUCCAGAAAGAUGUCCUGUACGACAUGAUCAUUGACGAAUUCAGGAAGAAUUACUUCAGAGGAAUUCAAGUUCCGAUCCAGAAACGAACGAAAAGGCAAAAGUCGGUGGAAGAACGAUACCCGACUUUGUUCAAAGCUCUCAGCAUCAGUACACCUGCACUAAUCAUCACACCUGAAAUUCAGCGGAAGUGGAAGAACAGCUGUGAAGCGUCACCGAACCCGAGUCGAUCAAGAAGGAAGAAAUAUAUCUACGACACUUGGUUAAAGACUUCGUCUUUGCCAAAUAUUCGCGCGCGCGCUGGACAACGACAAGCGUUACGCAACGAAAGACGCGUUCAUAGACGGGCGGUUUUUCAGGAUCGUCUUUCCAAGAGUUGUGAUCACCAUGACAUGCAGAGUAAAUCUGUGGACACGGACAAAGAUGAUCGGGGAUCGUGUUUUGAUAACCCUGCUUAUAGGACUUCUCCUCCGCAGGAGAAAUUGCCCCCACAAAUUCAGGUAAGUCCUCCCUCGACCCCUGAUACUUUGGAAGUUGAUCUCACUAACAUCUCGGUUCAAGUGGAUUAUCACGAGAUUCCAAACGGAAAAAUUAUUCAUUCUGUAUCGUGUAAUACAACAGACGACAGUUGUCGAACGUUCUCAAGCGGUCACAUUUCAUCCUCGAGAAGUUUUACAAGCGACCUCUCGCGGUCAGAUACGCGGGGGCUCACAAUGAAGAGGAGGCUGUACCCACAAAGCUGCAUUGAUCUCUGUGACGAGGAAAGCAGCGAUAAGCAUGUGCUGGUGACGCUGGACAACGUGACCGCUCAGAAGAAUCUCCAAUGCCAAACUCAGCUCAGAAGUGGAAAAAGGGGCAUGUUUAUCCGAAACAGUAAACCCGGGCCGUAUAAAACUCUGAUAGGGGUCUUUAGGAGCGAGUCGUGUUUAGACCGCAUUAAAAAAUUCACCAAGCCAAACAGCGACAAAGACAACGAUUCAUUAGAUUCAUUCACGUUGACCGAGGAUGUCCUAAAAAACUUUGAAAUGGCCGAGCUGUCUUAGCCAGAAUUUCCUCGAACCGUUUUAGACCGAGAGCCACAAUACUCCUGCUCGUCCCUUUAUAAGUAUAGUGUUAUCAUCGCACAAGAGAAAAUCGAGUCUCAGUUCUAGUUUUGUUACUUGCUUUACAUUUUAUGCAAUAAGGCAGAAAUCAACGAUUACCAACGCCGUUUCCAUGAUAACCGAUUCAAUAGAUAACGAGCGGUGUUCUAGUAUUACAUUAUAUACCCAGGGAAAUGGAAAAAUGUACUUCACAUAUUAUGAUAAGGAAAUGGCGGCGAAGAAUCUUAUUUUGGCUUUAUAUUGUUGUGUUUUACGUUAUUGGUUGCAAAAUAUUCUACAGACCCACUUUGCAAAACCAAGAAAUUUAAAGAAUAUUUAGCGUGUUAUCUUAUAUGUAUACAUUUUGAUUAUUGUAUUUUAUUAGUUAAUCAAUUAAUGAGAGUUUUGGAUGUUAACGUUAGUCAGUUUGUGUGUGGUGUAAAAUUUUAUAUUUUUAUUGAGUGGUAAAAUUUUCAU